GUCAACAUCUCGCUUGGUCAGGAUGAGCGCAGCCAGAAAAUGGCGGAUAUUGAGGAGUUACGGGUAGGCGAAAGUGUUAUGAUAGCUGGCCGUUGCUUUGCACUUUGACGGAGUCUAAAACAAAGUUUUAUUUGCUAGGCUUUAGAUGUUAUCGUUUUAUUUCUUAUAGAAACCCAUAAACAGUCGGUUUUUUAUCGAUUUGCAGUCAUAAGAGCGUCAAUAUGUGUUCCCCAGUCGUAGGCCAGAGAGUCGACACUCUGAAGCCCGGACCUGUUCUAAAGUGCUAGCACUAGCCACCUAGCCUGCUAGCUUCCAGCUGCUUCGCUAGCUAUCAAGGUGCUUGGGCUUCAGCUACAUGUCUUUAUCAGUCUGCGUUUUUGGGGAUAUUAGUGCUCGGUUCUCAUGGUGCAUGGUGUGGGAAAUAAUAAUAUGAUAUCAAGUUUCCGCGUCUCGGAGCUCCAGGUAUUGCUAGGUUUUGCUGGAAGGAACAAGAGUGGUCGCAAGCAUGAACUCCUGCUGAGGGCUUUGCAUUUGCUCAAGAGUGACUGUAGCCCUGCCGUGCAGCUCAAAAUCAAGGACCUGUAUCGCCGGAGAUACCCGAGGACAUUAGACAGUCUUGCCGAACUGACAGCGCUAAAGUCAAGCAUAGAUUCGUACCUACAUUCUGAAGAAGGAUCUACAGUUGUGAGUCCCGACCUUUCUCCUGCAGUUAGUCCAUCAGAUUCAGCUCGAAACGUGGUGCCCGUUAAAUCGGCCGUGUUUCAUGACUCAAAACCCAGGAUGAACAUGCAGCAGCCGACACCGCUCAUGCCUCCCGUCCACCCGGAUGUCCAGAUGAAGUCCCUUCCAUUUUAUGACGUGUUGGACGUUUUGAUCAAACCGUCAAGUUUAGGGGCCAGCACUGUUCAGAGAUUUCAUCAAGAAAAAUACUUUAUUUUUGCCUUGACCCCACAGCAAGUACGAGAAGUUUGCAUUUCACGGGAUUUCCUUCCUGGUGGCAGAAGAGAUUACAUGGUUCAAAUACAACUUCGGUUUUGCCUUUCAGAGACGAGCUGCCCUCAAGAGGACAACUAUCCCAAUAGUCUUUGCAUCAAAGUCAAUGGGAAGCUCUUUCCUCUGCCGGGUUAUGCGCCACCUCCUAAGAAUGGCGUAGAGCAGAAGAGACCAGGCAGACCUUUAAACAUCACCUCUCUUGUCAGAUUAUCGUCUGCCGUCCCCAAUCAGAUAUCAGUCACUUGGGCACCUGAAAUCGGGAAGACAUAUUCCAUGUCGGUGUAUUUGGUACGGCAGCUGACAUCACCCUUGUUACUACAGAGAUUACGAAUGAAGGGAAUCAGAAACCCAGACCACUCAAGAGCACUUAUAAAAGAAAAGCUCACUGCAGACCCGGACAGUGAAAUAGCCACAACCAGCUUGCGUGUCUCACUUAUGUGCCCACUUGGAAAAAUGCGGCUCACUGUGCCCUGUCGAGCAGUGACCUGCUCACAUCUCCAGUGUUUCGACGCUGCAUUAUACCUGCAAAUGAAUGAGAAGAAGCCCACCUGGAUCUGCCCCGUGUGUGACAAGAAAGCUGCAUAUGACAGUCUGAUCAUCGAUGGGCUCUUCAUGGAAAUAUUAAAUGACUGCACAGACGUGGACGAAAUCAAGUUCCAAGAGGACGGAACCUGGUGCCCAAUGAGACCAAAGAAGGAGACACUGAAAGUGUCAUCUCCAUGUUUACCCAAAAUUGAGUGCACUGCCCCUGUGCGUCCGAGUGCGGUUGUUCCUCACUCAGAACCCAGCAGUACGAAAAAAGCUGAUGUGAUCGACCUGACACUCGAAAGCUCGUCAGAUGAAGAAGCAGAGCCGGACCCUCCCCUGAAAAGGCGAUGUGUCUACAUGUCCAAAACUGAGGAGGUGCAUAGUAGCAAAGGGGUUUUGACUUAUCAGCCAUCAACAGUCCGAGUGCCAAACGUCCAGCCGCUGGACACUUCUUACUUAACUUCCUCCAUUGCAGACUAUGCAGUUCCAUUCCACCAUUCAACACUGUCUACAAUUCCCACCGAUAUGCAAGGUCUUGACUUAUUUUCGCUACUUCAAGCAGAUUCUCAGCAUUACCGAACCCCUGUGUUCCUGGAGAAUCUGUCCAGCAGCAUUCAGAGUGGCACCAGCAGCUCCAGUCUCAUGGCCUCAUCUGUCCAAUACGACUCGACUUCACACCGAGGAAGCUCCAGCCACGAAACAGGAGUCAUCACCGGAGGAUCCUCAACUCUUUCAGAUAUCAUCUCGCUAGAUUGAGUCAUGGUUUCGUGUCUCCCCAAUCAUCUAAACAAACUGCCACGGACCGUGCUUCUUAAAAAAAAAAACUCACGUAUCUGACAUCAAUUGCAGUUAAAUAUUCUUUACUAAUAUGGUAGCCAAUAUGCACAUGGAUAACAAAGUUGGUUGCGUCUUAUGGUUUUCAGAAACCCAGCAAUGUGUCUUUCUGUUUCUGAGGAAUUAAUUUUACAGUGACUGAUACCCAAUGCCUUUCUGCCUGGGAGAAAACUGAGGGACUGGAACUUUAGACACAUUGGGACUAGUUUAUGGACCUGCGUGUAUUUGUAUGUGAACUUUUUCCUCUUUUUACUAUUUAAACCACAUGUUUUUUAAUUAAUCACCGCAAAACCUCAACGAUGACCUUUAUAUUUGGAGAAAGAAAAAAAAAUCAGGAGUGUACAUAAUUUGUUUUGUAUUGAGUGGCAUACCAUACAAAUCAGUAUCCGUUUAAAUGAAGCUGUUUUAUUGCAUAAUGUAUGGGUCGCAAUUUCAUGCUGCAGUUUGUAGCUGCAUUUUUAGAUUCAUUUAUUUUUGGGCCAUUCGGGUUGGUGGAGACAUAAUCAAGCCAUGAUGCAAUGACAUCUUUUAUGUUUUGUGUUUGUUUUUUUUUUUUCUUCCUUGUGAAACCUCUGUACUGUGUUUUUGUAUCAUUACCAUUUGCGUUUUCUUUUGAAAAACAGCGCUGCAGAAGCCGGUUUCACAUCAGUGCUUAGACCCGAAAGUAGAAAAUGGUCAAAACAGGUUUAAUGCCCAGAGGGGGUACACUGCGAAACAGGUUUCCUGGUUUGGUUAAGCUUUUGGACUCUUGCCGUCAAAAUGUGGUUCUGUUGAUUUCAUUAGGGUUUUCUGAAUCCAGCUUUCAUUUUGGACUUGUUCAGAAGUGUACCCCAACAUAUAAAGGGCUAAUAGCCCAGGUCUCAAUAAAGGCAGCAAUUUGUGGCACCAGCUCCAAUGUACUAGCUAGUCAUGGUAUUGUCUGGCAUUUUUAAUUCACUUCGUAUAAUUCUCUUUAAAUAAUGGCCACAUGCUAUUGCUUUCAUAGAGAACAACAAUGUUGACAGAUCCCAUGUCUUCUUUCUAACGGAGUAAAUUACGUCUGCCUUCAAAUAUGUAAUAAAGCACAUGAUCACUUUUUUUUUU